AUGGUUGCAAAGAUAGUAUUCCUAUUCGGAUUUAUUGCAUCAGCUACUUGUAUGGUAUUACACCAAGCGCCGAUACCUCUCUACGUGCCUAUACAAUACGAGGAACCAGCUCCUAACUACAACUUCGGAUACCAAGUCAAUGACCCACACACUGGAGACUACAAAAGACAGCAUGAGAUCAGGAUUGGAGGCGCUGUUCUUGGACAGUACUCCUUAUUACAACCUGAUGGGGUCACCAGGACUGUAGAAUACAGAGCUGAUGACAUCAACGGAUUUAACGCAGUGGUAAACAACGAAGGAACACCAUACAUUGCUGUUCCAGAAAGACAAGAAAAUGGUAAUGGAAGGCAAGAAAGUGGCAAUGGAAGACAAGAAAGUGGCAAUGGAAGACAAGAAAGUGGCAAUGGACGACAAGAAAGUGGCAAUGGACGACAAGAGGAUGAUUCUAACAGGCAGUUUAACUCCAGACCUCAAGUGGAACAGUCGUGGCAAGGACAGUCCAACGAGCAACAGAGUACGCCUACACCGCUAACCAUCUCACACACUUCUCUCAUACAUGAGUCAUAUUCUAAAGGACACAGGUCUUGGGCCUAA